AUGUAUCAUAAAUUUACUACACUUUUUGUAUAUGCGAUAUGUCUACAAUUAUCACAAAUUAACAUCAGUCCUGGUAAUAUCACACCCUCUGAUGGUAAUAUCACACCCACUAAUGGUAAUAUCACACCCUCUGAUGGUAAUAUCACACCCUCUAAUGGUAAUAUCACGACCUCUGAUGGUAAUAUCACACCCUCUGAUGGUAAUAUUACACCCUCUGAUAGUAAUAUCACACCCUCUGAUGGUAAUAUCACACCCUCUGAUGGUAAUAUCACGACCACUGAUGGUAAUAUCACACCCUCUGAUGGUAAUAUUACACCCUCUGAUAGUAAUAUCACACCCUCUGAUGGUAAUAUCACACCCUCUGAUGGUAAUAUCACACCCUCUGAUGGUAAUAUCACGACCACUGAUGGUAAUAUCACACCCUCUGAUGGUAAUAUCACGACCACUGAUGGUAAUAUCACACCCUCUGAUGGUAAUAUCACACCAACUGAUGGUAAUAUCACACCCUCUGAUGGUAAUAUCACACCCUCUGAUGGUAAUAUCACACCCUCUGAUGGUAAUAUCACACCCUCUGAUGGUAAUAUCACACCAACUGAUGGUAAUAGCACACCUUCUGAUGGUAAUAUCAUACCCUCUGAUGGUAAUAUCACACCACCUGAUGGUGAUAUCACAAACUCUGAUGGUAAUAUCCCACCCUCUGAUGAUCAUAUCACACCCUCUGAUGGUAAUAUCACACCCUCUGAUGGUGAUAUCACAACAUCUGAUGGUAAUAUCACACCCUCUGAUGGUAAUAUCACACCCUCUGAUGGUAAUAUCACACCAACUGAUGGUAAUAGCACACCUUCUGAUGGUAAUAUCAUACCCUCUGAUGGUAAUAUCACACCACCUGAUGGUGAUAUCACAAACUCUGAUGGUAAUAUCCCACCCUCUGAUGAUCAUAUCACACCCUCUGAUGGUAAUAUCACACCAACUGAUGGUAAUAUAACACCUUCUGAUGAUCAUAUCACACCCUCUGAUGGUAAUAUAACACCCUCUAAUGGUAAUAUCACACCAACUGAUGGUAAUAUCACACCCUCUAAUGGUAUUAUCACACCCACUGAUGGUGAUAUAACACCCUCUAAUGGUAAUAUCACACCAACUGAUGGUAAUAUCACACCCUCUAAUGGUCAUAUCACACCCACUGAUGGUGAUAUCCCACCCUCUGAUGGUAAUAUCACACCCUCUGAUGGUAAUAUCACGACCACUGAUGGUAAUAUCACACCCUCUGAUGGUAAUACCACACCCUCUGAUGGUAAUAUCACACCCUCUGAUGGUAAUAUCACACCACCUGAUAGUAAUGUCACACCCUCUGAUGGUAAUAUCACACCCUCUGAUGGUAAUAUCACACCCUCUGAUGGUAAUAUCCCACCCUCUGAUAGUAAUAUCACACCCUCUGAUAGUAAUAUCACACCCUCUGAUGGUAAUACCACACCCUCUGAUGGUAAUAUCACACCCUCUGAUAGUAAUAUCACACCCUCUGAUGGUAAUAUCACACCCUCUGAUGGUAAUAUCACACCCUCUGAUGGUAAUAUCACACCCUCUGAUGGUAAUAUCACACCCUCUGAUGGUGAUAUCUCACCCUCUGAUGGUAAUAUCACACCCUCUGAUAGUAAUAUCACACCCUCUGAUGGUAAUAUCACACCCUCUGAUAGUAAUGUCACACCCUCUGAUGGUAUUAUCACACUCCCUUGA